CAAAAUCAAACGUCCAGUUGAACCCUGACCAUCACUCCGACAUUCCGCACCAUGGCGAACAGUGAGACCGAGGCGCUUGUACGCGCGCUCGGAGAGCUUGCCAUCUCGCUGCGCAGACAUCGAAGCAGCGGCACCAGUGGCAGCGCAGAGAAGCGCGCUGUGUUGAAGUGGUUGCGCGGCUUGAGUGGUGAGGAACUGGCGUCUUUGUGUUGCGUGGAGGACGUGGGCUUCGUCAAGACGCUGCUGCAGAUGGCGGCGCUAUCCAGAGCUUCCAGAGGCGGAAAAACGCGUGUACAGGAGUUCCAACUGCUACCUCAUACUGCCACUGGUGCUAGCACUGCCCAGAACAAGCGCCUGGCAACUAAAGUGCCGUCCAAAAGCGAUCUGAGGUGAGAGUGAAGAUAUUAUUUGUGCUUAAAAGGUUUUAAUAACUGUAUUCGUUGAUCUGUAGAGAAUUUGUGAAGCGACCAGUUCUGCGGACGGUGGAUGGAGACAUAGUGGGCAGUUUUCACUCCAGAGAGUACGAAGAAUGCUGUUUAAAGCUGUUGAAGAGCAUGAGAGUGCUCAAUACGCUGCAGUCGUGUGAUACGGUGGCGCUGUCGAUGGAAUUUUUCCAACUGGUGGGGAAAGAAAGGAAAUUUGCUGCAGAUUUCUUCCAUUUAAUGGAUGUAAUAUCGUGCGGUGAGUUCCUAAUGGAGUGUCCGUCAGAUAUAGCAUUGAAGAAUCGCGUUUGGGGGGAGACGAAGGUAAGUGAAACGUACGUGAUGCAGUGCAAGACAACAAGAGAACGCUGAUUUAGUUUGAGUUUGUGGUGGUGUCUGCAUAUAGUGGCUGAAGAAACAUGGUUACUACUCGCUCCAAGCACUAUUCGUUAAUCAAAUUGUGCGAAUGUGCUGUUCGAAACUGGGGCUAUCGGUUAUGAAGCUGACUUCGUUCGUGUUACUGGACAGGAACUUAAUAUUUGGGCCUUUUGGAAGCAACACCAAAGAGAUGGUAGCUCGAAGAUUCCCUUGCAAGGCAUCGCGUCUAAACUUUACUUGAUGCGCGAAUGGGAAAUGACAGGCUUGGAUCAACGAAAUGCAGUGCUGAAAGUGCUGGGUUCCAGGAUUAUCUCGCAUCUUAGACAUCUCAGUCAGUCGAUGGCGAGCCAUGCACAAGGAUACCAACCCGCACGGUCAUCGUUGGAAGCCCUUGUGAGCAUCGUGAGCAAGACGAUGCAGCGUAUGGAUCACGGUGUGCCAGUGGAUACUUGCUUCACAUGCUCUUUUGAGGACGCGAUCUCCUCUCCACAAGCGGGGGUUAUACAGCUCCUGUUGGCAGAGCAUCUUCAAGAACAAUGUUCGCUUCUACUUUGCGAAAGAUUGUCGAAGGAAGAGGAGGCAGCACUUGCAUUACGCACGUCAGGUUGUGCAUCCACAAGCGAUAGAGUUGGAGCUACGGACGACAAAAACUCGAAAAGUGCGAACCAUUCCCAACGACGCCGAGCUAGUCGCAAGAAGAUGCUCAAGCAGCGACGCCGCGAGGGCGAAAUGCGCGCUGCUCAGCAAACGCGCUAUAACAGCGUGUUACGCGAGCUCUCCCAACAUUUCCGCCAGAAGCAUGAAGAGACAAUCGCGCGUGUGGAUAAGGUGCUUCGUGAUGUCAUUGAUACCGCUAUUGACGAUGGUAGUUUAACACCAGGCGGUUGGAGCAUCACUUCCGAGAUCAGUGCCAAGGACAACGUUCACUCGAAACCAAAAAGGAGGAAGAAGAAAGCAAGGAAGAAAAAGAUGGGAAUGAUGGAGAGACAUGGAGAUGGCAGUAAGGGAGCUCUAGCCUCUAUUUCCUCACCGCAAGCUCCUGUAAAGAUGGCUCGCACACCUCACCGUGUGAGAGAUGCAGGAGAUGCUGAAGAGCACAGUGCUCCAACUACUGGCUCAGAUUCGUCGCCGUCUCAGCAUGAUAGACUGCGUUUAAUUGACUGCGGGAGUGAUAGCGGGAGUACGCAUGACGACGGCCCGCGGCUCAGUUUUUUCUCCAAUGUUGGAUCGACUGGAACGGCGUCACCUGCAUCAGCACUACCACUACAGUCGUUUGGCGCACAUUCUCUUUACUCCUCGAAUACGACACCGUUUUUCCUGUCAUUGGCACCACGAGACCACCAUUCGCAACCAUCCCGAGUUUCUCGACAAGACGCUGAUGAAGAUUCUGAGGAUCACGAAGGUAAUCACACGGCUCCAGGUGGCGCUGGGAGCACCGCUCACGAAGUUCAAGCGAGUGCUGAGACGUCCAAUUUCGAAUGGUACCUGCCAUCGGUCUUUUCGUUGCAGACGUCUGCACACCGCACAAUUUCCCCGACACCUGCCCUCGACUGGCAUUUCAAUCACUGGCAGUUCAAGGCUCCGGAUGGAGGCAUUUCGGACAAGGCUAUAUCAUCUUCUACGGUCGCAAUAGCUGAGCUAGACCCUCCACCGCCACCUUCAUCUUCGUCGUCAACUUCUUCAGCAUCGUCCCGUUUUACAAAUGGGAGGAUAUCGGGAUCAACGAAAAAGUAUUCUUUGGCAUCCUUUUCCAAGAUUGCAGGGUUGGACGCAAGUCGGCGGGGUACCCACACGGAGCAUGAAAAACAGAGUGUGACAGUGGCAUCAAUACGAGAGCAUGGUGAUGGCACAUCGAGUGCUGUGGGCAGUGACAAUGAGUCGGACUUCUUGUAUCGCGAAGGAGGAUUUUUUGACCGCCAGCGUGCUCUCAAACGUCGACGACGGCCAUGGCCAUUUGAUUAUGCCCGCGACAAGGACGAAGAGGAAAUUGCUGAGGAUCGUGAUGCUCCGAGACGAUGUCUUGGUGCGUCGGCAAGUGGAAAAAGCGAUGUUUGGACAGAGUGUGUUCACUGCUGCAAAUGUACUUGCCAUCGCGCUAGCCUUAGACGCAAGGAUGAUGAUUUUCCCGAGGAAAGCGAACCGUGCUACAACAAUCGAAAUGAUUGCGACCAGCAUGCCAAAGUGGCAUCGCUUUCACCGGCAAGAGCAGAUACACCAGCUGAAAACGAUGCAAUCGCCAAGGUUACAGUGGCGUUAGAUCGUAUUACUCAACUUGAGGAAAAACUGACCGAGAAAGCGAAGGUGAUGGAUGAACAAGCCUCUAAUGCAUCUGCGGAAAUCACCACUUUAAAGCAAACAGUGGCGACGUUGACAGCUCAGUUGCACAACAUCGAGAAUAAUAUCCAAGAAUUACAACUUCGCCAGGCCUCUGUCUCCGCAAACACGGGUGGUUUGGAGGAUUCGUCGUUAGGCAACGCAAGCUCCUGUGGCUCGCCCGCUACUCCGUUUUCCCCAGCCCCAUCGUCUCUAGACCAGCAGGUCGAUAGCCCGCCUACCGCAGCACCUCCUCUUCCGGAAGCAUACGCAGCUACAAACUCCGCCAUGGGCCCAUUCGUAUCAGUACCGUUGUCGGUGCUACCACCACGAAGUAAACUACACUGGGACCUGUGCGAGUUCGCUGCCCAGCUUCAGGCAGAUAGUGACGCUCGCCUUCCUGCGCAGCUGGCAGCGCAACGGUUGUGUACGGCGACGGUGCAAUCGCUGUGGCCUCGUGCUCAGGUGCGGCCAUACGGAUCGCAUGUGACGCGACUGGUACUGCCGUCAAGUGAUGUUGAUCUCGUGAUCUGCCUACCAAAAGUUCGUCGCGAUGCUCCUGCUGAUGCUGCUGGUGUAUUGGAAGGUCGAAAUGCUAUCAAGGAGACGUGGCAGCAGAACCUCGCGCGCAAGUUGAAGCAAGAGCCAUGGGUUGUGCGGGAUUCGGUGAAGACGCUACCACAUGCUGCUGUCCCCAUCAUUACGCUCCUCACUGCUCCGCCGUACAACGUGAGACUCGACAUCUCGUUCGAAGGUCCGGGUCACAACGGUUUGGCUACGAACGACGUCGUUCUUGCACUGUUGCAUGAAUUCCCACCACUAGCGCCAAUGAUGUUGGUCUUAAAGAGUUUUGCCAUCGAGCGUGGCUUGGCAGUGGCGUACUCUGGCGGACUCUCAUCUUACGCGUUGUUGCUGCUUGUGGCACGUUAUCUCCAGGAACACAGUGACACAAUGCCCAACGGGUUCGCGAACGCUUCCAGAGCUGUACAGCACAGUUUGUCGACGGUACAGGCGGGUGUGGCUGAUUUCGGUCUAAUGCUCAUGGGCUUUUUGGAUUUCUACGGCAACCGAUUCGAUCCACGCACAACGGGGAUCAGUGUGGCUUCGCGUUGCUUUUUAAAUCGUGAGAGUACGUUCAUGGCAGGAGCUGUGGUUGGAUCGACAGGCAUGGGUGAUCCUCAUCAGGUACCACAUCAGUAUCAGCAAUACGCGGCUGAUGAUGCGGCAGUGGAUGACCGCACAAGCCAAUACGGCUACGCUCAACAUUGGCAAGUACCUGCGCAACCCCACAUGCAGCUGUCACCAAAUGCAGAAGGAUUACGACGGUACGGCUAUCGUUCUUCACUGGACUUACCGGCAUCAAGAGCACUGGAUGGAAUGGGGGCUGCAACUGGACUUCUGGACUAUCAGCUACAGCAGCAAACGUAUGACCCGCACAAGUUCGACCCGGUGUUCAUUGAGGACCCCUUAUGCCCGAGCAACAAUGUCGGAAGAAACUGUUUCCGUAUCAUGCAGAUCCGACGAGCGUUUUCUGGGGCUCAUCUCGCACUGCUUACUGCGUCGCGAGAUCCUACUAUGUUUGCAGACAAUCGGAUGGGUCUCGUGGCUGGUGUUGGACUCCAUCCGGACAACAUUCUCCGUGCCAUCUUGGGCCCAGGUGCUCCUGUGAACGCGAAGUCCGAUACUGCUGCUUCAACGACGGUCGGAGGCACAGCAUAUAUCGGUGGGAUGGAGCACCCGUACGCAUUCCACCCGUACAACCAGCAGCAACAAUAUGCGUACCACCAUCACCAGUACAACCAGCCACCACAACAUCCUUUUCAUCAAGCCAACGUCCAUCAGCCACGCAGUGUGACUACUUGCAACAAUGAGUCGACUUCACGACGACACAGCGAGAGUGAGAGUGCGAAGCUGACGACACGCUCAACCACCUCAGCAGCUAGCCACAGUGAUCGGUCACGGAAACGCCAUACCGGUAGUCCACGGCUAGUUCCCCAGAUCAGUAGCCAUAAUUCCCACGCCCCAGCGCGUCUGCUUCGUCAAGGGUCCACGGAAUACGGCAGGCAGUCACAGCGGCAAUCUUCUUUGAAGCGGAUCGACGGCCAGAGCAUUGCAAAGGUGCUUAGCCGGAAGAACAGCGAACGCUCCAUGAGCUUAUCAUUAAGCUUUGCCGAUGUUGUACGUGACGGUGGAGGAUCAAGUGGUACAGCUGCAAUCGUCCCUAAGACUUCACCUCUCGCGCUCGCUCGACUGGCGCGGUUCUCGCGCGAUGACAUGGCACUGGAAGAAAGCAUUAAUGAACGCUGGGAAACCAAAGACGACUCGGAACUGAAGUGAAACUCAACGUGGUCGAGUGAGAAAUUGCUGAUCGGCAAGUGGAAACGCGUUAAUUGGAUAAAUACGGCCGAUGGCACGCCACAUGUAAAAGCAAAAGCGACCAGCCAGCGCUACAGCGAGCGCCAUUCCAACGAAGUUAGACCCUGCUGCGCGAGUUGGCAUUUGAUUUCACGCAAGGCUCAGUUCGACGAGCUAAAACUGUAGACGAAACCCUGAACAAGGUUGCAGAACAAGGCAAUGCGUAAGUACUCGGUCCUCCUUCAGCACCUGUUGCAAUCAGUCGUACCGAUUUUUCGCGCCUGCGCUCGAUGAUGUCGAGCUUCAUGAGCGUCUGCAAAAUCUCCUUGCAUCGAAUUACUGGCAGCCCGCUAUGCUUGACCAAGUCGGAGAUAGAACUGUGUACCAAAGCCCAACAUAUUAGCAAAUAGCAACACCAAACAAACCACAUCCAUGUCGAGGCGUACAUGGCACAGUGUCGGUUCUUGAGAUAGAGUACGAUAUUCUCGAGCUUCUUGAGCUCCGCGGGGCUUUGAUACUUGCGCGGUAUUUUCUCCCGAAUAUCUGCAGCAAUCACCACCGUCAAUAAACUCUUCAACUUGCCAGAAAUUCCGUCAUCAACGUACGGCGUUCC